UAAAUAUUUAUUUGUUUGACUCAAAACAAUUAUUUUCCCGAUUUUAGAAAAAUUUAAAUAAGUAACUUCUAAUUAAUUCUUUGUUAGAUUUUACAUAGAAAAAAAAAUAUGAAACAAUCAAUUAAUCAUAUACUAAUAAUACUAAUAACUUAUUUUUCAAUGUUAAGUAACAUGCCGUUAAAUCUUCAAUAUUUAAAAAGGAAUGUAAUAAAUAUAAUGAAAUACGCUUGGAUUGAGGGUUCAAUAAAUUAUAGACUUAUAAAAUAGAAUGUCCUUAAAAAAUUUUAAGAUAUAUUACAAUUUGAUUCCUCUUCAGGCUCACAUUCUUUCGUAAUUUGAAAUAUUUCAUAUUCUUCUACGGAAAAUUCACCAUUGGUGCUUCUAAUCGAUGUUUCAUAAUGUACUGGACCGAACGCACCUCCACGAUUGUUUUCAUACAGUUCAAGGUCACUAGAACCAAAUGAUGGACCGUGUGCAGGGUCAUUAUCUAUAGCACACACCUCAGAUUUUACUCGACUUAAAGUAUAAUUUUUAAUACUAUUCUUAUUCUUAAAAGAGAAUAUAAAACUAUCUUUAGUAGUACCCCACUUAUCAUCAGAUUUCCAUAUGAUCGAAUUAUAACCUCCAAGGAUUUCAUUGCUACCUUUCACUUUAAUGAUCGAUAUAGUAUGAGAUUUAUUAUCACAGAUCUCAUGGAAUUUCUUAGGGGAGAAUCCAUCCCGAGAUCCACGAAGUAUUAAUUCGAAUUCAUAAGGAUUUUCUAU